AUGGGCGUCCUCGACAACCUCCGCCACCGCCAGGCCAGCAUCGAGCAUGGCGCCGCCCCGGCCAACACCGCCGGCCUGAGCGGCGACGACUUCAAGAAUAAGGAAUUCGUCGGUGAUGUCGAGGCGUCCGGCUCCGACAGCGACCGACUCAGCAUCGAGGCCAAGAACGAGAAGGAGGUCCAGCAGCACCCGGACCAGGUCACCGACGGCGCUCAGCGCGGUAUUCAGAAGGCUGAGGCGGCGGCGUUGGUUUGGAGCAAGAAGGCCAUCUUCGCCAUUUAUGCAUGGAUCUGGCUGUGCUACUUCAUGCUCGCCUUCCAGCAGGGCGUGCAGGGCUAUGUCACCGUCUACGCCUACUCCACCUUCAAAACUGCCCCGGCCAUCAACACCGCCGUCAUCCUCGCCCAGAUCAUCGGCGGCAUCCUGCGCCUCCCCAUCGCCAAGUUGAUCAACGUCUGGGGUCGUGCUGAGACGUUUGCCCUGUUUGUCGGCUUCUACCUGCUGGGUAUGAUUGUUUUGGCUUCCAGCAGUGGUCCUGACUCGUACGCCGCUGGAUAUGUCCUGUACUGGAUUGGCUACGACGCCAUCUACCUCAUCCUCGACAUCUUCAUCGCCGACUCGUUCGGCCUGCGCAACCGAGCCCUGGCCUUCGCCUUCGCCUCCACCCCCUUCAUCAUCACCGCCUUCACCUCAUCCCUCGCCGCCGAGUCUUUCCUCUCCAACCAAAUCACCGGCGCCGGCUGGCGAUGGGGCAUUGGCACAUUCUGCAUCACCAAUUUCGUCGUCUUCGCCCCACUUUCCGUCGUCUUCUGGUUCUACACCCGCAAGGCCAUCAAAAUGGGCGUCUACAAGCCCAGUGAUAGUGGCCGAACCACCCUCCAAUCCAUCUGGCACUACUUCCAUGAGUUUGGUGUCCCCGGUGCUCUCAUCCUUAUGGCCGCCUUCUGUCUCUUCCUCCUCCCCUUCUCCCUCCAAACCUACGGCCGCGCCCCCUACGACUCGGCCACCUUCAUCGCCAUGGUCAUCAUCGGCUUCCUCCUCUUCUUCGUCUUUGCUGCGUGGGAGAAGUGGUUCGCCCGUGUGCACUUCAUCCGCUAUGACCUCUUGAGGGAGCGCACCGUUCUUGGAUCGUGCAUGCUCGCUCUGGUCUUGUACAUGGCGUUUUACGGAUGGGACCUCAAUUAUUACAACUACGUCCUCGUCGACUUCGCCCUCCCCGUCUCCCUCGGCGGCUACAUGAACCAAAUCUACAACGUCGGCUCCUGCUUCUGGUCCUGCCUCAUCGGCGUCUUCAUCUACUACACCAAACACUUCAAGUGGCUCGCCUUCGUCUCCGGCCUGUGCUUCAUGCUGCUCGCGAACGGCCUGCGCAUCUACUUCACCUCCUACAACGCCCACAUCGGCUACAUCAUCAUGGUCCAGAUCUUCAACGCCUUCGCCGGCGGCACCAUCGUCAUCUGCAACGAAAUGGCCGUCAUGGCCGCCUCCGACCGCGAAGGUGUCCCCCUCAUGCUGUCGAUGCUCUACCUCUUCAAUGCCGUCGGCGGCGCCAUCGGCCAAGCCGUCUCCGCCACCAUCUACUCCAACACCUUCCCGCAAGCCCUCCGCCACGUCCUGCCCGAAGAUCGAUGGAACAAGGUGCCAGAAUUGUAUGCCGGCGGUUACGUCACCCAGAUCAUGUUCCCGCCUGGCACCAUCGAGCGUGAGGCGAGCGAUUAUGCGUGGAGACAGACGCAGUACUAUGGCAGUAUCUUCGCGACGUGUGUGCUGGUGCUGGGGAUCCCGGCGAUUCUGCUGUGGAAGAACUACCGCGUGGAUAAGAAGCAGAAUAAGGGUACCGUCUUGUAA